ACCACGUGACAAUGACGUCGAUCAUAUUUUGGUGAGACAUCAGGAAGUGCGGAAGAGUGUGAACACCGAAACCAGAAAGACUGAAGUUUUACUGAUACGUUUUGCCUUAAAUCGUUAGUUUUUUGCCGUCUGUCUGUACAUAUUCGAUCGGGUAAUUGUUGGAUUCGCGAAGGGUCACCUCAAGAUGCCCAGCAUGGAAAAAAAUCUCUUCAAUUUAAAGUUUGCUGCCAAAGAACUCCAAAGAAAUUCCAAGAAAUGUGACAAAGAAGAAAAAUUAGAGAAGGCUAAAGUCAAAAAAGCCAUCCAGAAAGGAAAUGUGGAAGUAGCAAGGAUCCAUGCAGAGAAUGCCAUCAGACAGAAGAACCAGUCUGUGAACUUCCUGAGGAUGAGCGCACGGGUUGAUGCAGUGGCAGCAAGGGUCCAAACUGCAGUUACUAUGAACCAGGUAACAAAAUCUAUGGCUGGGGUGGUAAAAGGCAUGGACACUGUUCUGAAGAGUAUGAAUCUGGAAAAGAUUUCAUCCCUCAUGGACAAGUUUGAACGCCAGUUUGAAACUCUGGAUGUUCAGACAGCCCAAAUGGAGGACACCAUGAGCAGCUCAACAACACUCACAACACCACAGAGUCAAGUGGAUUCAUUGCUGCAUGAAAUGGCUGAUGAAGCAGGAUUGGACCUGAACAUGGAGCUCCCUCAGGGACAGAUGGGAUCAGUUGGCACCAGUGUAGCUUCUGCAGAACAGGAUGAACUGUCUCAAAGGCUCUCUAGGCUCAGAGAUCAAAUCUAAAGGAAGACUGUGGUGGACAGACACUGUGACGUGGAGCUCUGGAAUGCCUGUACACUACCUGAAUAUUACUCCCAAAGCAUCAUAUUUUUUUCUGCUCUUUACACCUUGUGUUUCUGUUGAGGAGCUUCUGUAUUGCUGUUUUUCCCCCACAGAUAUGACCUUUGCUGAUUCUGUGUUGAUAAUAACCUUGCGGUGAUUAGAUGCAUUCUUUGGACACCUUUCUGAAAGCUUAGAAAUUUACUGGCUAUGGAUGUGUGCGUUAUUCCUAAAAUACAUAUUUACCAGGAAGAUCUUAGGUAAUGUUUUGUUAAAUAUGCAUACUUUAAAACUUCAUACGUUAAAAUAAAAUGGACUAAGACAA